UAUUUACGACUCACUUCAUGCUAUGAGGGAUUGAUGUUGCCAGAACUGAUAGAAUUGCAAAAAUUUAAGACGUUGAAAAGAGGGCGACCAAUAUAUUUCCGUUUAAUAUUAUAAACGGUUGCCGCUUCUUUUUAUCUAUAGUUCUGUUUCCACAGAAUUUCACGUGAUAAAUAAAAGUUUGUGCAACGUUAAUUGCAUUCACGAAUAAAAUUACAUUUAUUAUGUCGCUAACAUAUGCAUUGUGUUUAUAAAUAAUUGUGUUAUUGAUCAUUCAUGUUUUCUCGUUGCCAUGUUUUCAAUUUUGUACAAGUAGCAAAUCACAAAGUACAAUACCACGUGAUUGUCGUUUACAAAUGACCGUUGUGAUGAGUUAUCCUGUUCAAUAUUAUGAAAAUAUGAAUGAUGUGUAACGUAUGUAAAUAUAAUUUUUCAUCGGGUGUUUCAAAAUAUAUCUGUCAUUCUGUAUCAAAUGUUGAAGAAUUGAUUUUGUAAGAUGUAUUCAUAAAAUAUGGUGUCUUGAAAUAGGUUAUAAAUACGUUAAAUGUUUCUCAUCGUCUUUUUCGUAAAUUCGUUAUUUUACUACGUCUAAUUAUAUUUUUAUUAAAUAAUCCAAUUUGCUGUAAAUAUUUGCAAGCAUGAAUAAAUGUUUACCAACUAAAUAUAGAUCAAUAAAUAUGCAAAUAACAUAAUAUGAAAAGCAGCUCUAAGAAGGAAGAUACUGAUAAGAAAAAGAAAUAUGUGUUUUUUUCUGAUCCAGAUAUUAUUGUUCAGUGUGCUGAAGCAUCUGUUGCAGCAGCUCAAGCUCUUGAAUGCGAACAAAAACCAGAUCACAUUACUAAGCAAAUACCUAAGGACAAACUAUCAAACUUGCCAAUUGAAUUUAACUUGAAAGAUUUUAAAAAUUUAUAUCAUCCUAUACAACCAUAUCCUUUUACAUUUAUAAAUGCUGUCAAACGGAAGCUGGCUUUAGACAAUGGUUCAGAAGUUUGUAAAAAAGCAUAUGAUCAGAAUAAUAAAAAUCUACCUGAAUCAUCUAUAACAGUAUUAAAGCCAGAUAGUGAUCAGAAUUUACAAAAGAUGGAUUUUAUAAGGCCACUAAAAGUUCCAGAUUUGAAAAUUUCUGCAAAAAAAUUAGAUUUCUCUGACAGAGAAAGUUCUGUAUCAAAAGAUGUAAUAUCACCAAAAUUUGAAACACCUUCAAAAGAAUUGAUACAUGAAAGAGCAGAUAAACCAACAAAGAGUUUUGAAAGAGUUCAAAGAAGAUUAGACUUCUCAACGUCAGAUGUUUCAUCAACAAUCAACAGCGAGGUAGAGCCAUUGAGGGUCCCAAAUAUUUCUAUGUCAUCAAAUUUAUCAAGAAAAAAAGACUACAUUAGAGAAAAUUCUCGAGAAAAGGAGAACCGAUCUAAAAGAAUUAGAAAAGACGAUUCUUUAUCCUUCAAGCAAGAUGAAGCAACACAAGACUUUUUUAAAAGAUCUAGAAGCCCAAGGCAUGUUUCUAGAAAAGACUUCUCUAAUAACGUGUGCGAGAAUGCAUCAGUUGUAAAAUUAAAGAGCGAUAGAUUGCCAUUGUACAUACCAAGAGAGAGUGAUUUUGCUUUAACAAAACCAAAAACAAAAAAUUUUGCAACUUCAACUGUUAAAAAGACCAAUGACAAGAGGCAUAGAUCUAGUAAUACUAGAUCUUUAAAAUCAAGAGAUGUUUCUUUGGAAUCUAAGAAUAGAUCUUGCAGUAACGAGUCACUUUCCGAGUAUUCUUCAAAAUUAUCAGACAAAGUUACAAUUAGAGAGUCUAGAAACAUGUUUGAACAUUUUGAUUAUAGAUACAAUGACGAUCUACAUAUGUUAAAACAGGCUAACGAUCAGAAACAUAUAUUUUCUAUGGAAAACAGACAAGUAAAACAGCACAAAGUAACAUAUCAGUCUCAAGCGAAAAUUGAAAAUGUACCUUUCAAAGAGCAAACUAAAAGACUGUCAGAAAAAAUAAAACCUUCUAUAAAUAAAAUGGAUAACAAAAUAUAUAUUAUAAAUUCCAAAGAAUCGGAAGGUGUUGAAAGUGUGACGGAUUCAAAUACAAUUGUACGAACUCAAAGCCCAAGUAUUAUUUCUAUACAGCAAGUAAAAAACAAGGAUUCCGAAAAAGUUGCACAAAAUACUAAUAUACUUAAAUCGAAUAAAAAUAAUGAAGAUCUAAAAUAUACAGAUGAUUCUUCGUCACAGUGUAUUGCUACAAACACAAAAAAAGAAGAAGAAUCGUAUACACAAAGUAUUGGUACAAUUAAAUCAGCAACAAGUAAUAGUAAUGAAUCUAAUUUAAACGAUAGCAGUAUCUUAUCUGAUAAAUUAUUAGAUCCAAGAAGAAUUUCAUUCAGAGAUGAAAACCGUUCGCAAGAGGAAUUUUGUAAUUUAGUAACUCCGGAUAUGAAUCUCAUACCGCGAUCUAAACGAAAAAGGCAAUUUAUACAAAAUAGUAACAUAGAAGUUGAUCCUAAAUGUUCAAAACAUAAUACCGGUAAAAUUGAAACAGAAAAAGAAGGAAUUCCAUUGUUGCAUCCAACUGCCUUACAUAUGCAAUUUCAAGCUGAGUUGCAUCUUCUUGAUUCAUUUAAUGAGUCACUGAGGCAGGUUAUGGAUGUUGAAAAAUGUUUAUAUAAUGUUAAACAAAAUCAAGAAAAAGAGUUACCGUUACAGCAUAACCAACUGAGUGACCAAGUGAAAUUACAUUUCUCUAAGGAUGAAAAGAAUGUUGAUAACAUGGAACAUUGUAAUGAAAUUAAAUCACAUGCAAGUGUUUCUACUGACAAAGCAUUUCCAAAUACGAUGCAUCAUACAAGUCAAACUACAGGAAAUAAGUUUGACAAUUUUAGUACGUUAAGUAAACCAGCAGUUAAAGCUGUGGAAGUACAAACUCAAACGGUAAAUGAUAUAGCAACACAAACAGAUAUGCGUUCAACUCGACGAAAUGUACAGAGUAGAUGUUCAGAAAUAUGUGGAACCCCGUAUGAACGAGGAUUUGUUGGAGACAGCGAAAUUCCACAACUUUCGUUAGAUUCAGUGGAACAGUUUGAAGACUUAGAUCAGAUAGAAGAGAUAUCAUUGCCUAGUAAAUUAAGAACAUUGUCAGAAAUAAGUUUACACGAAACUACGUCAUCUAUACGAACAGAAACUGGAACCGAGAUUAGUAUUUCCACUCGAGAUGUAACUUGUUCUUUUAAUAAAUACUUAGACCUAGAAAUUGCACAGUUGAUCAAAGAUGAGAAACAAAGGUACGAUAAAAUAGAAAUGUUAUUUAAAUCUCGCGAAAAAACAUUAAAUGAUCAAACGAAAAAAUUAGUCAAAUUGGAAGAGCAAAAGCGAGCAUUAAAAGAUACUGGCCAGGAUAGCAGAGUUAGUUCUGUAAAAAAGAAGCAAAGAGCUCUGUUGUUAAAAUUACAACAAGAAAAGGAUGAAAUGAACAGAUUGAAAGAACUACAUAAAAUUGCAAGCCAAGAGCGUAAACUUAUGUUGCAAAAACAAAGGAAUAUGUUCAACCCUCAAAUGUCAACUAAAAACAUUUUAACAAAAUUAAAAAGGAGUGCGGAUAGUCAGUCGCCAAGACGAUUAUCUGGUCCAAUGAAGGGUUAUGAUAUAAGAAGUAAUAGCUCUAUGAGUUCUUUAGUUGAUUCUGACAAAUCUCAACAUGAUAGAUCUCAGACAGAUACGCGUUUGCAAAUGUCCGAAAACGAGUUACAUUUUUCUAAAAUUGAUUUACCGAAAAGUAAUAAAUUCACGAAUUUUGUUGAAGAAUCUAACGCACCAUUUUCAAGGUUUGAUAAACCUAAUGAACCCAUUCAGGGUAACAUAUCUCCAGAAAAGUGUCCUUAUAAGAUACAAAAAGAUGGAACCAAAUCAAAGUAUGAGAUAAAAUCAAGAAAGUUUGAAGAAAAAAUGCCUAAAGCAGAUAUUUUAAGGCUGAAAUCGCAUCAGCAUUCUUCUGAUCCAACUCUGAUGUCAAGUCAUUCCAUGAGCAGUCCUGGAAAAUAUAUUUUCGAAAAAGACAAAUCUCCCGAUGUUUCGGAACUGCUACAACAGAAUUUAAGUAAAUCUAUGUCUGAACAAAUUAAAUCAGAAUCGGAUACUUUAAUAGAAGAGUUGUCAAAGAAAUCGAAAUCUUCUCAAAUGAUAGAUAAUCAUUUUCAAAAUAUAAUAUCGCCAAGAGAACGAGAGUCUUUGAAAACUACUGGCAUGAAUAGCGAAAGUGCUCCAGAAGAAAUAAGUUCUCUCAGCCAAGACACUGUGUCGAAAACAUCAAAAUCAUCACAAGUUUCUGAGGAUAUUUUACAGACGCAUUCAAAAAGUUCUAAAAAGGGUAGUAAAUCAAUUCCAACUGAUAUGUCUAAAAAGACUCAGUACAGUUCAGAAUCCAAAUCAAACUUUAAACGUAAAAGUUCAAAAUGUCAGAAAAGCAAAUCGUCAUCGUCAAGUAUACUUACAGAAAAUAUAUUAAGGUCUAAAUCGAAUUCUCAGACAUCAGAGGAAUUGAUUAAACAUCACAACAAACGAACAAAAAUGGAGAAAGAAUUUAUUCAGUGUGACAAGAAUAAUGAGAAUGCACUGUUGGACAAUAUGGAUUAUAAUGAAAAUCAGAGUUCUUUACAAACUGUAACUAGGCACUCAAAAUCUGCAAAAGAUAACAAUUUUAAACUAUUAACUAACGGAAUAGAUAAUUAUGAAAGUAAAGAGAAUGAAAAUUCUAUUCCUCAAGAGAAGAUUGAGCACAGUUUAGGCAAUGUUUCUGUAAAAUCUCAAAUUAGUAACUUUGCAAUAUCUCGCCAUAGUUCUGGAGAAAGUGACAAAAAUUACUCCAAGUCUGUGGUUGUUAGAUCGCAAGAUCAAAACCUGAAGACUUCCAAGAAACUUGAACAAAUAUUAAACGCGCGUGAAGCUGCGCUUACAUCACGGAAAAACUGUGUGGAAGAGUGGAUGGCCUGGCAUGCAAAAUUGAGAAACGAAGAAGACCGUGUUGCACGAAUGGAACAAGCUGCUCUUAAACUUGUAACAGCAACCUCCAACGUUUUCUCUCAACAAGAGAGGAGUGUAUGUCCCUUUGUAGAUACUACCAUUUCAUCCGAUACCAGCGAUGUCGAAGGAAGAAUAGAAUUACUUACUGAAAAAUUAGCAGAGCGACGAAUAGAAAUGUCACGUUUGAAAAGGGAAGCCAGAAAACAAACGAAACAGAAACUUCGAGCCUUGGAAGCGAAUUUAUUAAAUCAAAUUAAGAAAUACGACACAACGAUCCACGAAAUGCGUAGAAAAUUGGAGUCGAAAAAGGUAUCUACUAAGGAUAGCGAUAAGUUAGCGAUAGAGUCUAAAUCGCUGGCAGAUUUUAAAGUACCUGAGAUUCCUUUAAAGAAGAUUCAGGAUAUAUUUAAAAAUAAUGAUUUAUUGAGAUCCAGAUCAGAGUCUGAUUUGUUAUGUACAGAAAGUUUGUCGAUGAAAGAUUGCAUGAAAAAUAUAAAUUUAACGAGGAACAAAAAUAUUGAAACUGAGUAUGAUAAAAGUGAUUCGGAAAGGAUAAUCAAAUCCUCUAGGCAUACAAGAAUCUCAGAACAUUUGAAUUCCCCCAAAGCGAGUACUGUCUUUGAUGAAAGUAUAUCCGAACAAAUUGAGAUUGAUAGAGUUGGCUCUGCUUCGAUGUCGUCGAUUUCCGACGAUAUUGAGGAAAUGCCAAUUAAGUCAGUCAUAUCAGAAGCAAAGAAAACUAACACUUCAGAAGAAGUUAAAACUGAAAUAAGCGAUGCAAAGUCUGAGACUGAUAUACUUACGCAAUCAGAAGUAAAGUUCUCUGAAAAUGAAACAAUUCAAUCUGACACAAGAGAAUAUAAAUCUGAUUUUGAUACAGUUUCCGAACAGUCCAGAGGAAGAAGUAUUUCAUCUGUAGCUAACAAAAUACAAGAUAUUGAACGCUCUCAUGUACAUUCGGACAGAUCCAAUAUUCAGAGCUCUAAUGCCCAGGUUAACGCUGAGUCUGCUCAUCAAAUUCUGGAUUUUUCCAAGAAAUUGGACUCUCUGUGCCUCAGUAAUCAAAACCUGAACGAAGAUAUAAGUUCACUAGAAAAUGAACUGAAAAUACUUUCAGAAAUGAUGUCACGUUUUAAUGACAAAUCAAAUGAAGGAACAAAACAAGAAUUACAAAAUGAAGAAAGGAGCACGUCAAAGGAUAUAUCAGAAAUGCUAUCCAAGUCGGAUAGAAAUACGGAAGUCACGUCAGAGGAUAAAAGCGUAGAUGCACAAUUAUAUAAAAAAGAGAUUAAUUCUGAUAUAUCACAGUACUUAACGAAUAGCGCAAAAUUAAAAUCAGUUACUAAUAUUAGUGACAAUAAGAGUAUAGUAGAAAAAGUUGACAAUGUCAUGUCUGCUAUAAUUCCUCCAGAUGAAAUAUCUUUCUCUAAAUCGAAUCAAGAAAUUGAUUACAAAGCAAGAAGUAAGGAAAUUUUAAAUGAAAUUGAAAAGUCAAUAAUAUCAGAACAUAUUAAAGUUAGCGAGAAUGAUUUAAAUCGUUCAGAUAUAUUAACUGAGAAUAACAAUUUAAAUGGAACUAAUACAAGAUCAUUGUCUGAAAUUUAUUCAAAGACACCUCAAGGGAAAGAAAGUGUAAGCAACGUACAAUCUGAGGCAGUAUAUCUUACCGAAGAAGAUAUCGACACAGAUACUGCAGAAAAUUUAAUUAACUCUCAUAAUUCAGGAAAUCAUCAUGCAUUAGAAUUUAAUAAAAGUUCCCCAAUUUCUUUGGAACAGUCCAAUUUAAGGAAAAAUGAUGAUAAUUCAUUAGAUCUUUACCCAAUAAACAAUGUACUUACGCCACGAAUUCAUUCUGAACAUAAUAGUGACACAAGUUCUGUAAAACUUGCACGUAGUAUUAGCAAACAAGCACCAGUUAUAGACCGUGAAACUAAAUCAAUUGAAAACUUUGAAGAACCUUUGGAGAGUUAUACAAACGAUCGACAGCAAAGCACAAGUGAAAUUCAUUCACUAUCAAAAGCUGAUAGUCCUAAAUUAAUAUCUAACGAGUCCAAAGAAUUUAGUAAUAACAACAGAAAUGAAAUUUCAUUUAUACAAGAUGAAAAUAUAGAUUUGAAAGUAUCGUCUCUAGUGGAACUCGAUAAAAUAUCUAAAUAUGAUACGAGCUUUAAUAACAAAGAAAUUAGUAACGAUGAAAGUGAAAUAAAACAAAUUUCCACAGAUAAAAGUCCCGUUGAUAAAGAUGUUACUAAUUCUCCCUGGAAAAAAUCUCAUUAUUCAAAAGAUGCAUCUCAUUUAACUGACAGUUCUAAACAUCAAAUUUUGGAGGAGAACACAAUUAAUGAUAUAGAAGGUAUAUUCUCGUUUAUACCGAAUAGGGAAACUACAAAUAUUGAUCAGCGUGACAUUAAUUUUGAUGAUACGGUGUUAGAUUCUGUAGAUAGCUAUAAAGAACAGGAUCAAGAUGAUACUGUACACAGCAUUGAAACUGAUAAUUUCCAAAAAGCCAUUUAUGAUUCUGUGGUCAAAAUAUUGGAUAAAGUUGAGAAAAGUAUUGAGGAUAGUUCGAUAAAAGAGAAAAUCGAAAGUCAUUCUGAGGUUACAGAAAAUAAAAACGAAAUAAAAAUUACAGGAGACGAAGAAGUUACAUUAAUUUCCGGUAGUUUCAACUUAAAGGAUACAUUACAACAAAAUGAAAAUAGACAAUCUGUUUCUUUGGAUACUAGAGACAAUAAAAAUACUAAUGAAAAUGUAGCAAUUAAUAAAAUUCAUAUUGAUCUUAUCAUGGGUCUUAAUUUACGUACAGAAAUGAAACACGACGAGGAUAUAUAUGACAUUGAAAAUAAAUCCCGAGAUAUUGUUAUAACAGAAUUAGAACCAGGAACCGAGGAAAGUGAGAGUUUGUCAGAACUUGAAAUUGAUGCUAAAGUAGAAUUAGCAGAGGAGGAACCUAUGGAAACGAAUGAUCAGAAAGAUAAAAUAGAAACAGGAAUAAAAAUAGUGCAAGAAUACAAAUCCUUAGAACCCAUAUUAGAACAAGAUAGUUCUGAUGGCGAACAACUUGAUAACUUGGUAGAAGUAGCUGAAAGUAGUUUAGAUGUUAUAGAAAAAGAAAUUGAACAUUCAGUCACCGAAUUGGAUUGUAUAUCUCUUGAUAAAACUGAUGCUCAAUCUAUUGAAGUUCAGGGUAAUGAAAUACAGAAUCAGAAGGAUCCAACUACUUCUGUAUUUGUAAAUGAUCUUAAACCAGUAAUAAGCUGUGAAGUAAUUACAUCUAAUUCACCGAAUAAUAUAGUAAACAAAACAUUUGAUAUUUUGAAAGAUCCGGAGUAUGAAGACAUUUCUGAAGAAAGUCUUGAGGUGUCUGAGAUAUUCGAUAAAAGUGAACUUCAGAGAUCUGCUGUUAUUCAGAAGUCAUCCUCUAUACCAGAAAAAUAUGAAGCAAUACAUAAGUCGGAGGAAGUAUUGAAAAUACUGGAUGAAAUUACUCAAAAAUCUUCCAGGAAUUUCGAAUACAAUGUACAUAAGUUUCAGGAUGAUAAGCAUGUUUCUGAAGAUAGUGAGAAGUCACAAACAGAAAUUUCUGAUAAGGAUAGUAUUAUGUCUUCAAAGGUUGAUGAUAAAGUUGUGGAUAGUAGUGAAAAGAAAAAUGAUUUGAAUAAUGAGACGUCUAAAGAAAUAGUUAGCUUAAAUGAUUUGGAAGAACGAGAAAAACGAGAGCAGGAUGCGUUGUCCGAAUCGAGCGACUGCAGAAAUACACCAAAGGAUGUAUCAGAAAUCGAGAUAGAUUCUUCUCGUGAUCCUAAUGAUUCAAGAUUAGACAUUGAUGGCUUAAAUGAUGAUUUAUUAAGUAACAGCAAUGUGGAAAAUGAAAAUGUAGAUUCAAAGAAUACGUACCAUGCCGCUCCUAUUGUUGCAACAUCAGAAAAGGAUAUAGAGGUCAUGAUAGAUAAAUUGAAAGCAUCAUUGGAACAACCUGGUGUGGAUGUUGCAGAUUGGGAAGCAAAACUGCUUCGAAUUGAACAACUUCAAAUUGAAUUGGAGAUUAAGAAAUUAGAAGCAGAAGAAGUUUCUUACUACGUCAGAGAAAUACCUAACAAACCACCACCUCCUUACACACCACCUGGGGGUGGCGGAAGAAUUUCUACAUCCCUUGGAUCACCUUCUCCUCCUCCAGCUGUGAUUCCUUCAAACAUAGACGAAUUAACAGCGUUUACUGAGAAAGCUACAGCGAUUAUAUUCAAAGCCAAGGAAGCUGGAGAAGAUAUUAUGAGAUUAGAAGCUCCUUUGGAAAUAUGCGAGUUAACCAAAGAGAACGACGAGACUGUUAAGAAAGAUAGAAGAAUUUAUAACACGUUUCUGUUUGAUCUGUGCAAAGAAACGAUCGCCGAGGUUUAUCAAGCCGAGUAUGAGAAACCAGGUCCAAGUUGGACGAAGCCAAACGUGAAAACGAAACCAAUUAUGAAGAUUCCCAAAACUUUAGAAGAACUUAACGCCUAUGUGAAUAAAGAGGUGGCUACGUUGUUUGGUUUCAAGACGAAAUUACAACGGGAAAAUAUGGUGAUGCGUUGGAGCAGAAAACGAAGGGACAGAGUCGACGAAUUGCUGGCCAGAGAGGCCCAAGCCGAGGAAGACGAAUGGACCAGGUUUCAUCAUGAUGAACUAGCGGUUAAAAAUGGUCUCACCGUAACUAUAUUGGAUACUUUGAUCAUGGAAACUCUGAAUGUGGUUAAAGUGGCAUACGCAAAGAAAAGGAAAGUAAUGGUUUAAUGGUUUUGCAAAGUUAUUAUAACUUAAAUAUUGGCACAUGGAUAGGUUUUAAGACAAUCGUUUUAUUACAAAAAGGAACGAUAUAUUUUAUUUUGAAAUCUUUUAAAUUGGCCUCAACUGCCAUAUUUUUAUUCAAUUUACAAAGUAGUUAAUUUUAUAUAUAUAUUUUUGUCCUGUAAAUGAGCUAUAGGCUGGUUCCUAUUUAUUUCUUUGAUAAAAUUGCUCUUAAUCGAGAUAAACCCGAAUACUUCAUUGUAAUAGAGCUUAAGAGGUAUAGUAGGUCAUUUUGAACUGUAGAAUUAAAGAAAGUAUUUGUAGUUUGUAGAAUAAGAGCAUGUAGAAGUUGAUAAUCAAACACCAUACGUUUGUUUUGUUAUAGCUACAUAAGUAUUAUUACUAAAAUAUUUGAUAUAAGAUCAAUGCAAUUUAUACUUGCAUUUAUUGGGGUAUAGUAGCACAUUUAAUAUAAGAAUUUCGUUAAUGUCUACUUGUAAGAACAUAGUUAUUAUUUUAUAACUCUGAGCGUUUUGUUCGAAUAAUUACUCAAUUAAGAUUAUUUUAUAUAGUUCUUAGUAAUAUACGUUCCUAGUGUGAUUUUUGUAUCAUUCUAUUUCGAACUAAUAGAUUUUAAGUUUUUAACCAGAAUUAACAGCUCUAACUUAAGUAAUAUUUUAACCAAGAUUACAAGUCGUUAUAUGAAAAGGUAUUUAAAAGAUAUUCGAACAAAAUGCUUCUUAAAUUAUUAUACACAUCCAUGAUAGUUGUGUUGUAGAAGUCGUCGGCUGUGGAACGUAAUUAGUAUGUUCUUACUAGGCCAUAACGGACUUCGUAGAUUUAUGCUCAACUAUGUAUAAUAAAAUUAACAAAAUUUUAACCAAAAGACUGAUACUUUGGGGCCAUUUUGAUCUAAAUUGCAGACAUUUUAAUGAGAUAUGUAAUUACACGUAAUUGAUAGGAAAAAAAUUAAUAAUUAAUUGGCAUUAAGGAAGCCGUUUAUGUUGGCUAUUUGAAAUGGAAGAGGGUAGCUUUAAUAUUCAUUACAGCCCCUUUAUUAAGUAAACUAAAUAUAAAAACACUGCGCAUUCGUAUUAUCAAGUGAAAAGUGUUAAUGAACUAAUCGAUCAGUUAUAUAUAUUUUUACUCGGUUUCGUUGCAUUUAAAUUUUACGUUUGUGGUUGUGAUGAUUAUUUAAUACCCAUAAAACAAUACCAGCGGUACAUUAGUGUGUGAAAAUAUAACCGCAAUGGAAUGAAUGGAACCUCAGCUUUAAUUGUUACGACCGUCAGUUUCUUAAUACCUUGACUUUUGUGUAUUUUAGGAAUGUAUGUACAUACGACUCGCUCAAAUGUUAGAAGAAAGUAUAUAGGCUUUCUCUUUGUAGAAAGAUCAGCUAAUAAUUUUCAUCCUUAAUGGUUUAAUUAUCAACUACCAUGAAGGUGAUACGAUUUUUUAUUUUCUGUGUUGUCUAGAUCCCAUUUUCGUUCGCGGUCAGCUCGAUAAGCUGAGACUGAUUGCAUUUGUAGUUGUUAUACGUAGACAUUGUUCACGUACGUAGUGUUGAAUAUGUACUUAAUUAAGGUAUAAUAUAUUUUAUAAUAAAUUUUUUGAAAAAUU